AUGCCCGCGCCUGGAGUGCCAGCUCCCGGACCGCGAGCCGAUGGAAGGAAACGGAGCAGUGCCUCACGGGCAGAGAUCCACAAGCUGAGGGGUACCUCGAGGAUGCUUGGCCCCAUCAGGCCUGUUUCUUCCUCCCUGGAGCGCAGUUUUGUUCCGGAAGAGGUUUUCUGAAGCCUGACCUGUGCCAGCAGUUCCCCCUACAGCCCAGAGUACUUACAGUCCCCGCAAACCACCAAAACCCCAGUGGGCUUCAGGGGCUGCCUGCAAGCCCCAGAUCGGCUUUGGCAUUAUCCUAAUCGUCGGAGCAAGUUCAGACACCUGACGGACCACCCUGUCAGUUUGACAGGCGCUGGAAUGGAUGUCUCUUACCUAUGUGACAUUGCCACGGGCCAAGAAGCUAAGAAAGCCAUGACUGGCAGAAGCUCUUCUGCGGAGAGUCAUUGGGAGCAGAGCGCGAGCUGUGCUACAGUCCCACGCGCUCCUGUGAGUGCCACCGUUCAGGUCACCCCCGUCGAUAGUCUGGUUCCCAAGGAAUUUCACAUUGUGAAGAACAGGGGAGUAUUGCCCUUGACGUGCUUCGAUGAUAAAUACACAACGCUCCUCAAAGACCGUGAAAAGAAACUACGGCUGUUCCCAUCCCUGAAACCUGGGAGGUCAAAGGUCAUCCAGCUGAUGGAGGUGAUGGACAGCAUGUUGGAAAAAGCUGGAGUAGACAAGAUAAUCAGAGUAACAGGGCCUUCACAGCUGCAUGACAUGCUGGAGCUGUUGAAGGUGGAGCAGAAUAUCUACAAUAUCAUUUUCCAUGAACUGAUUUGGCAGGUCAGCGUGGAAUGCGUGGAGAGAGGACAACUGCUUUUGAAGCUCAGGCAGAGGUACAUGGGUCUCCUGGAGCGGAUUCCUGAACAGAUGAAGACCCUCUACGAAAAGAUGAUGGCACAGCGUUUGGUCAACAGGAAUAUUACAGAAGAACUACUCUAUAUUAAAGAAUCUGUUGGACAGCUAGCCAGAGAGCUGUACGAGGUACAAGAACGUGACGGCAAGGUGACCAAAGAAGCAGAAAAAGCUCAAGAGGAGCUAGCUACAGCCAUGCAGGAGGCUAAGGGGAAUGCAGACCUCUUGGACAAGUAUCAGGACUUAUAUGAGCUACAGAGAAGAUGACUGGAAGAGCAGGUUCUGCUGCUAGCCCGAGAGAGAGACAUUUGGAGCUCAGCUGCGUAUGACCUGGCUCUGAAGAUAGUAGCCAGAAACCAGCUCAUGUUGGUUCGCAGGCUCCAUGUUAGUGGAAAGACACUGACCAACCUUCUCAGGAAUUUCGUAGUCCUCUGGGCCUCGAAGCUCUCAUCCCUUCUUUCCCUCUGCUUUAGCUCCUCUCCGAUGAAUGAAAAGCUACUGGAUGAAAUCCUACAAGAUAUCAAGAAUUUGAUACAUAUAAGAUUUUGAGAGAUGCUAAAAGAAGACCUGCAGCAGUACGGAGGGGAGGUGCAGCUGAGGAAGACUGAAAGCCUGAGGAGCGCUGCCAGCCAGCAGGAGCACUGUAUGGAGCUGGGACAAAUGGUGCUGAAUCGACAUCGGGACUUUGCUGGAGCGUUGCCUUCUCAGCAGGCUGCCCUGGAAGAAAUAAACCACCGGGCGUGUGAACUCUACCAGCAAUACAACAUAAGGAUAAGUGGGAGUAAUGGCACAGCUAGGUUUUUGGCAGCCUUGGUGAGAAGUAUGGAAGAUUGGUUAUUCAAGGUGCAAAAGCUGAAGUAAGGUUCUGGCAUGCACGAAGCUGAGCUGCGGGCAUUUUAUCACAAGAUUCCUGCGUGGCUGGCCCAGGUGGAUGCUGUGAUGAGCUGUAUAGGCUCCAGCCAGUUGCAUGAAGCUGAGAGGGAUAAGAAAUCACAUUUUCUGAUGGUACCUAGAGAAUUUUUUCAGAUGAUUCAGCAAUGGGUUCUGUCCAUGAAUAAUGAGGUUGACAAGAACAUCACACAUCUUAAUGAAAAAAUGACUGACGUGCACCGAAAUCUGACCCUGUGGCUAGUGAAUUUGCUGAGACACAUGACAGCAGACCACUUGUCCUGGGAGUGUCCCCAGCCGCAACAGUCAGACACCGAGACAGAUGAGGAGCUCAGGAUUCUUGGGGCUCGUAAGCUGGAGAGGGAAGCUGAAGAGCUGGUUGCAGAGAUGGGCAGACUUUCUGGUUCUGUAAUCAGCUGCUGCUGCGAGAUUGUCAAUGCAAUCAUUCAAAAGAAGUGGUCUGAUGAUUUAGAAGCUGAUUUUGAGCUGGAGGAGCUGAAGAUGAUCAAGACAGAGUGCUGUAAUUGGAUUCAAGCAUGUAGUCUUCUCCUUUCAGAGGUCAAAGGCACUCCCGUCUCCUUUCUGCAUUUAGAAGAAUUGAGAAACCUCUUUGGAUCGGAGGAAUUGCGGUUCAAGCUUAAGGACGCUAUAAUUUCUUCAGCUCAGGGAGAACUUGAAGCUGAAGAUGCCAACAGCAAUAGGAAACUCAUAACAGAGGAAGAAACAUUAGAAGCCAAGGAGGAAAUAGCUGUUCUGCAGGUGACUGCAGGUGCUGGUAUGGAUUAUCUGACUGAGGACAAUGAAGCUACUGCAGACAUGAUCAGAUAUGUAGGACAUGACUCCAACAUCCACCUGAAGUCUCUGAAGUCAGACAUCGUUUCGGUUACAGGGGUAGGAGUCUCCACUGCACCCACGGUUUUAGCCUGUUGGCAGAGAUUUGGAGCAGGGUUUCAGCUGUCUGCUCAGAUUUUAGAAUGAGAGAUCCGUGCUCAGAAUGCAGAGAAGAGAUCUGAAGGUCUUGAAGAGAAGCUGGAAGAAGCUCUGCAGAGAAUCAAGGAGCUGGAAAGUGAGCUGGAGAAAGAGGGGAAAGUCAUCCCAGAAGCAACACAUAAAAAAGGGGGAGAAAAAUGUUUCCAAGAAACCAUCUCAGAAUUCACGGCCUGCGCAAGUCCCAAAGCUUCUUCUGGCCAAUCCAAGGGAUCCAGAAAAAGCAGCCAUUAA